GAUGAACAUCGAAUUUUCAUAGAAAAUUUGAUGAACAUCGAAUUUUCAUAGAAAACUUGAUGAACAUGGAAUUUUCAUAGAAAAACCCCCACCAACAGCCUUACCCGAUGGAGAAUAAUAUCCCCCAAAAAAAAAUUUCUCGUUGACAGAUAGUGCACUUCGCGAGAAAAAAUUGUACUCAGCUGUUUACGGUACACUACCUGAUAAUUAUGUCAUGGACAUAACCUUCUUCAGUGAACCUUAAAUCAACUUCGAUCUUUUUAGCCUCUUAAAGUCGACUUCGACGUUCUUUAUGCAAAAGUCGAUUAAUCGACUAGACUUUUAGAUCCUAAAACCAUAUGGUCAUAUGAACAGCUGAGUACAAUUUUUUCAUUUUUGUUUUGAUUUUGCAGUAAAUCUAAAUGUCAAUGGCUUGAUAACACAGCUGUUAUAUUUUUCUAAAAUCUUAAAAAGAUGUCCUAUUUGAUCUGAUAUUCCACACAUAAGCAACAAACAGUGUUAUAAUGAAGAAAAUACAUAUAUAAAACACAUUUGUAAAAGAUAAGUUGUAAAACUAUGGCGAAACAAUUAAAUGUGGUCUCAUUUGUGCAUCAACCACAAACCAUAUGGUGCAAUCUGCUAUCUUGCCAUCAAGCUGAUCGACGUUUUGUCAACACACACAAAGAAAUGUUUGUGCGAGUGUGUAUAUGUGUGCGUACAUGAGCAGAGAAUAUGCGAGAAAGAAGAUAACCACAAAGAGAAUGCAAACAAAAAUCUGACAUCUCAAUACCGACAAACUUGACCGGCUGUUAACAGCUGUUAGCGUGAGACCACCUUUUUAAAUCCGCUAUGUUGUAAAACAAAGUCGAUUUCCAAAACCACUUUGACGUUUCAAUUUACGUAUUUGCCACUCAAGGUAGUUUCGUUGGGGUAGAUUUUUGUUGUUGUGCCAAUGGCGCUACCCCUUUGUUGCACCAUGGUUUACACUGCUCUUAAAAUCCAGAUUUAAUGGCUCGAUCAUCUGUUUUCUCCUUCUUAAAUCAGCUGACGAGAGCCUUAAAUCCAGAUUUAAUAAACAGUGUAAACGGGGUUCUAGUUCAAGCACAUUUUUUCAAGUAGUAAUUAGCCAUACAGUGUGUACAAUUAACCAUAAGGUGUGUGCGGCCCAUAUCUCCAACACACAAAUCAAAGUCAAAGUCUACUUUUAGAAACUAACACAUUUCAACUAUGGAAAAAUCAUCCUAACGUGAAUUUAAGUGACUUUUAGAUGGUUACGGGGGGAUGUGUUUGCACAAGUGACAGAGUGAGAGCGAGUCUGCUCUCAGUUUCUCAGUCAGUGUCAGUCGAACAAAGUUAAAAGUAAGGUUAGGUUGUGUUUAGUUUUGUGAACAGAGUUAAAAGCAAGCAAAGCAAAUAAAUAAAUUGGAAAAGUCUUUUCGUUUUUUUUAUACAAUUCAGAAGCGAAAAUAUGUAAAAUCCACUGGGAAGAGUGUCUAUUACACCGUUAAUAUGGAAGUUACGCAAAAAAUUAGUAAAAUGAUAUGAAAUAUCUGAAGAAAAAAAUGAUGGUCGUGAAAAAUACAAAAGAAUACAUCAAAUCACUGAACGCGGAAUUCACACGAAAGAAUAUGGUGGAAUAAAAGAAGAAAAAAAACGUGUAAAAAAGUGAUAAAAGGCCUGUAUUACAAAGCGAAAGCCGAAAGUGCGGCCAAAAGGAUUACGGUUUAAGGAAAAUUUUGCAAUUUAAUUAGGAAUUUGCACGGAUCACCGCAAGACAAACACAACAAUACCCCAACCUAAAGGACGUUCAAGGAGAUUUUUUUCUAGAUGUGUGUUUGUGUGGUGGUGGCGGAGUAUAGGUAUAGCAGCACGAAGAGUAUAGAGAAAUCAGCGAAUGAAAAAGAGGAAUUAUCACAAGAAAGGAAUUGAAAUUGUUUUCAUUACAACGACGUCGUUGCCGUCUACGUGCCGCCUUUGGCCAAGAUUGAUCAAUAAAGAAGCCAGCCUGCCCGCCCUCCUACUUGGUGAUACAUAGCAGAGACUGCCAGCAGACAGCAAGACAAGUAAGGUUUUUGCUUUUAUGGCGAAACCCUUACCACAUUUUUUUAAGAUUCAGCCGCACCCGCUUAUAUUUGUGAUUGCGCUAAAUAAUUAGCCAUUUUUUAUAACCUCAAAAAUACAGUUGAGUCAAAAAUCUAUUUGGCAAAAAUUCACCAAAAUUCCUCCACAAACGCCAACAUCGACCAACUCCAUGCCAGUCUCAGUGGUUUGUGAGACUACGGCAAAUGUUAAUGCCGCCUUAAGGGAGGAGUUGUUCGGAUCGGCAGGCAGCGGUAGCAGUUGCUCGGCAGCUGCUAAUGCCAAAGUUGUUGCUACGGAUGAUGGUAAAACCAAUGGCUCCUCAGCUUCAGGCCUCGACGAUAGCGAAUCGCUUCAUGGUAAAUUGGUGGCUUCUGCCAAGCGGGUAUUGCUUUCCAAAAUUGAGUACGAAGAGGUCAGCAAUUAUGGCCAAUCGGUUUUGGAAACAUUAAAAUCAAAAUAUAUUGUGCUGAAACCUACAUCGGGUCUAAAUAAUUCCCAGGGAAAUGGUAGAAGUUCACCAGCUACCUGUAAUAACAACAACAACAACAAUGGCGCAAACGGUGACAGCAGCAGCAGCACUGCCGGUAAGCAUGCCAAUGGCAAUGCGACAACAACUAACACAUCAGGAUCAGCAACGACCAAUGGAGGAACAGCAACAACACCAGGCAAAAAGAUCCAACAGAAUCCCAAUGAACUGCCAGCGCCCAAACGGAUUCUAUAUCCGCGAGAAAAUGUUCGCAUUGGGUGGAAGGCUACCGGACGCAAAUGGGAUGUUGGUGUGGGUAUGAUGAAUGUAGGCAAUACUUGCUAUUUGAAUUCGACAUUGCAAGCCUUAUUCCAUGUUCCCUCUAUGGCCAACUGGUUAAUGUCCGAUUCUGCACAUAUGGAGCGGUGUGAGUCCACCGAUUCGGGUUGUAUUAUUUGUGCAAUGGCGAAAACAUUGCAAGCAUCGCAGAAUAGCCAAUCUGCCAUACGACCCUAUUUUGUGUACUCCAAGUUAAAAUCAAUUUGUAAGCAUUUGGUAAUGGGACGACAAGAAGAUGCCCACGAAUUUCUACGUUAUUUAGUAGAAGCAAUGGAGAAAUCGUAUCUUUCACGCUUUCGCAACUACAAAGAAUUAGACCAAUACAGCAAGGAGACUACACCUUUAAAUCAAAUCCUUGGAGGUUAUCUUAAGACUUCGGUGAAGUGCCUAUCCUGCCAGCACGUGUCGGUGACAUUUCAACAUUUCCAAGAUUUGUUGCUGGACAUUCGUAAAGCUGAUACAAUUGACGAGGCUUUGGAAGGAUAUUUUGCUCGAGAACGUCUAGAAGAUAUGGGUUACAAAUGUGAGGCGUGCAAGAAAAAGGUUUCUGCAACAAAACAAUUCUCAUUGGAUCGCGCACCAAUUGCUUUAUGCAUUCAACUGAAACGUUUCUCAAUGCUGGGUACGAAAAUCAAUAAACAAAUUACCAUAAAGCCUAGACUGGAUCUAACGAAAUUUGCCUCACGGAAAAUUCCCGGUGAACAGCUAACCUAUCGUCUGGUAGCUAUGGUUACACAUUUAGGGGCAUCUCAACAUUGUGGUCAUUAUACAGCUAUUGGACUAACCGAAUCGGGUACCUACUACAAUUACGAUGAUAGUUAUGUUCGACCCAUUUCAAUUCAAAAUGUUUGCAAUACAAAUGCCUACAUAAUUUUCUAUGAAAUGGAUACACAACCUCCACGACAAGUAACAAGUACUCAGGUUAGUGGAGCCCAGAGUACUGUUUCAAACCCAAAAGAAUUGCAACCGCCAAAGGUUAAUGGCCAUGUGCUGAGUGCCUCUCAGCCACAACGCAUUAUAGGACCUCAGUUACCACCAGGCUUUAGUAGUGGGAAUGCUCCAGCCUCCCCGCUGGCCAAUGGUGGUAGUAAAUUGAUGCUAAAUCGUAACGCCGUUAGCAGUUCACCUGCCUCAAACAAUAGUAAAAUUAUGAUCCAUUUUAAGAAUAGCAAUUCAAAUAACUCUGUAAAAACCAGCCUUGCUACAAAUUCGGUAGCAACAUCUUCGGCGACAUCCACAAAUUCUGUUUUCGACAGUCUGAAAGGUAGUAACAAUAACAAUUACAACUGCAACGGUCUCCAUAUGGCGGGGAGCGGUAAAUUUCAAGAGUUUGCGAGCACGAAGUAUUCAUUGGGUGGCCCAACAAAUAAAAGACAAGUUAAUAAUGCUAAAAACGGUAACGAGAGUUCCUCCGAUGACGAUGACGAAAAUGAGAUUGUAAGUUCGUCCACAUCAAUACAUAGCUCUAAUGGAAAAGCUACACUGCCAAGUAUGCCUAGAUUGGGUGGCGUAGAAAUGAACAGCAGUAACACAUCCGCCCCAAAGUCCCUAACAAAUGGUUUUAUGAAAAAGUCCCCUGCCCCCAUCAAAAGCCUGGUGCCCUAUGGUUCCGAAACCGAAGAAGAAGAACCCGACAUGCCGACAACAACAAACAUCAUCUCAUUACCCUCAACCUGUGACCAGCAACAACAAAAACGGUUACUAUCGAACCCACUAAAACGCCGCCAAAGUUCUUCAUCGUGUUCGAAUGGCUCGUCAUCCGAUAAUGAUGUCGAUGGCAAGGACAAUGCAUCAACAACAGGCGCUAAAAUUAAGAAAGCUGUCUCAUCAACUAUUGUCACCACCGCCACCGCCACAACAUCAACAGACUCCAAACCGACACACUACAAUGGUGUCGCCAGUUCGAAGAAAUCAUCCGAUACCACCAUAGAUGAGAUUUUUAAUUGCAAUAAACGUUCCAAUAAUAACAACUUUACCGCAAAUACAAACGGUGUAACCACACCAAAAAAGAAAUCACAAAAUCAACAAUUCACAGUUACCUCGACAACGCCUACUACAGAUUCUUCAACCCCAUCAUCUGCCUCGAAUUCCGAUGCGGAGGAAACAAAGUCCUCGAAGCCACAAUUCAAGAGAUCCCAUUCAACGCCGCCAUCACCGCCCGUAGUUAAAACGAAUUCCGGCAUUUGGCAAGUUACUUCAUUGCAUCCCAUUAGCGCCUGUGUCAGUCCCACGUCGGAGAAAUUGCCCAAGAAUCCCAAAAAUCCAUUUGCCUCUCGGCCAACCGCUUUAGCAGAUUGUGCUAAACGUCUCAAGAAGGAGUUGCCAAAUAAACAUUUCAAUGGCAAUGGCUAUCAACGAGAAUCCGCAGCGAGUGAUUCAGCCGUGUCCGAACUGUUAAAACAAUCACAUCGGGGCUAUGGUGCACCAGUCUUGACAUGGAAUGGACAACAGAGCGAAAUAGAAAGAGAGAAUUAUGAUUUGUUUGAUGAGAAACGGAUAGAAGACGACAACAACCAUAACAUAGACAACAACAACUCCAACAACAUCAUCAUGGGCGAUAGUGUUAUCGAUAAUGAUCAAGACGAGGAAUACAGCAAAACUCAUUGCACCAACAGCAAUCAAAGUUGCGAUGCUAACAUAGAGCAACACUGUCCUUUAAAGAAAGAACAUGAUGUUGAGGAUGGUGAUGACAAUGACGAUGAGGAUAACGAUAACGAUAACGAUGACGAUAACGAUGAUGAUAUAAUUGAUCUCAUUUCCACCACCAACAACGUCACAACAUCAACGAAUUUUCUUAACGAUAACGUUGGUAGUUGUUAUAAUGAGCAUAAUGAUUAUGAUGACAUUAUUAAAACGGCAGAUGAUGAGGGUUUUGGGGAUAAAUAUUCUCCCCAACACACAAUGGAGGUGGAUGAGAAUCCCGAAGCCAACAAUAUCGACAAAAUCUAUUGCACAACAUCUCCAAAGGCAUCAUUGGAUCAAAGACAACGGCGACAUCACCUUCACAUAGACCUAAAAAUUAACAAUAACUGCCUACCUCUACUUGAAAAUUGUACAAAAAUGGAAACAGAUAAAGAAGAAGAAGAAGAAGAUGGUACAGGUGAGACGACAACGACUGAGAAUGCUGCAGACGAAUCGUCAACAACCCGCACCAGCUGCAGCUCAACCGCCAACUCCAACUCCACCACCAGCACCACUACUCCCACUGCAACCGAUGAACAAAUUAACGUUGAUUCGUCGUGUAGUUCAGCUACCACAGCCACUACAGUCAUUAACACCUAUUGCCUGUCGCCAAAUUCUACAGAUAAUGAGCCCACCACACCCACUCUCGCCACCACAAUCAAUGACAUUAUAUUCCAAUUCUCUGAGGACUCAUUGGACCAUCUAUAACAGAAAUAUUAUAGAUUCUAUAUUCUUUAACUGGAAUGUCGUAGACGUAUCACAUCUGCGCCAUUUCAUAUCGUUUUAUGAUGGUGCUGUUAUGUUGUAGACUUUGAAAAUAACCCAGGACCAUGGUCUCGAAAAAUUUCCAUUUACAUACAUUAUGUUGGUAUUUGUUACAUUUUUUUAUGCUUUUAAGAAUUUUUUAUUUAUUUAUUUUUUUUGACUCAAUUGUCAAUUUCGCGUGUCAGAGAAGGAAAAAACAAAAAAAAAAAAAAACAAAACACACACUUUUGAGUUUUGUUUAGAAUUUAAUAAUCGUAUAAGAUGCGUUCGUAUAAGAAAACAAAAAAUCAAAAAGCACUACAAGUGCUUCGAAUCAUGGAAAAUCAGAAAAUGGACUCUUUUGAAAGCAAAUUUCUCCACAACCCAUUGAUUUAAAAUAAAAAUGUAUGUGAAAGCUAAAGUUUAAAAAUGAGAAAAGAAAAGAUGACUGAUGACAGCAGCAGAGAGCAGGGCUGGUCCUAAGGUGUAUUGUGUUCAAUUAAAAGCAUCUCCCAUCAUUCAUCAGAAAAAUAAUGGAUAUUUGGAGUCGCAUUCUUUCAUACAUGCUAUAC